UCUUCGCCGGGCUGAGAGAGACUGACACGUGUCCUCAGAUCUCAUGUUUUUUCUAGCUAAACAGAAAAAAGUGAAAAUUAUAACGUGCAGCAUAAUCUUCUUAACUGUAUAACUGUCGCCGAAGUACAUGUAAAAGAAAUAUGAGCAUGAGAGGGAGUACGGUGAUCACGCGAUUAGCGGUGUUCACCCUCGUGUGCAUCGGCUUCUACGAGAGAGCACUGACGCGAAAUCCGAAAUCCGAAAUCCCGAAUGUCCUCCUGCCGACUGGGACCGUCUUGGGCACUGUGGAGACUUCCCCUGGCGGGAGGCUUUACUACGUCUUCAGGAGCAUUCCGUAUGCUGAGCCACCCGUCGGAGAACGCAGGUUCAAGCCCCCAGUGCCAGCUACUGCCUCGGGGGGUGUGGCAAACCACCUGAAGUGGGCUCCGAGCUGUCCGCAAGUUGCAAAAGAGAAGCAGUUAAGAAAUAUUAAAGAAAUGAUGGGCGAGGAAGAUUGCUUGUAUCUCAAUGUCUUCACUCCGUCGAUGCAGGAAAAUAAUUACCCCGUGAUGGUGUACAUCCACGGGGGCGCCUUCCUCACCGGGAACGCCAGCCGCCACAACCCCGAGCUCUUCCUGGACCAUGACAUUGUCGUUGUUACUAUUCAGUAUCGUCUGGGAGUUCUCGGAUUCCUGUCGACGGAGGACGAGGCGCUGCCGGGCAACCUGGGGCUCAUGGACCAGACGCUCGCCCUCCGCUGGGUGCACGAGAACAUCGCUCGCUUCGGGGGCGACGUGAAGAGGGUCACCGUCUGCGGCUUGAGUGCCGGCGCUGCCUCGGCCCACAUGCACCUCUUCAAUCCCCACGCGAAAGGACUGUUCUCGCGUGCCAUCCUCAUGUCGGGAUCGGCGCUGUGUCCCUGGGCCCUGAGGAAGGGCCACAGAAAGGUCGCAAUGGCAGUUGGCGAAAAAUUCAACUGCCAAUUGGACCCCCAGGACGCAAGCGGCGUCGAGAAAAGCAAGCGCUUGGUAGAAUGCCUUCGAAGUGCUCCUCUCAAGGAGCUCGUUUCCUCCUUCAUGGACUUCCAGGUGUGGAACAGCCUCCCGUGGGAGACAGUGCCCCGGGUGGACGGCGACUACCUGCCCGAUCACCCGGCGCGCCUCCUCGCUCAGGGGCGCUUCCACGACGCCAGCAUCGUCACCGGCGUCAACCUCCACGAAGGGCGACUCGUCACCCAAGGCAUGUUCUCAAAUCCGGAGGUGUUCCGAGCUCUGGCGAUCGACUUCGACUCCAUCGCGCCCAGCGUGGCGCUGCUCUUCCAGGAGGGCGACUACUGGCCGAGGAGCCUCGCCCGCCGCGCCUUCGAGUACUACCUCGGGGGCACCGAGAUCAGCGCCAGCAGCCAUGCCGACGAAGUGGCGCUCACAAAGUUAUUCGGGGACCGCUUCUUCAAGAUCCCGCACGAUGAUACGUGGAACCUCACUUGGCGUCAUCUUGGUCCCGACCGCGUUUUCGCCUACGAGCUCAUGCACAGCAGGGGGGAGGAGUGGGUUGUGCACCCGGCAAUACUGCAGUACCUGUUCCCUUACCCCAACGCCCCGCGACUCAAGGGAGAGGACAAACAGCUCUCUGACACGUUGCUGAAACUGUGGGUGAAUUUCGCAUCAACAGGGGACCCGACACCUGACUCCUCUCUGGGUUUUCGCUGGAUGUCUGUCAGCGCAUCCGAACAGACCCUCCUCCGCCUCACGCCCACGCCUGUUAUGACGGCAUCCUCUAGACUGAACGAAUGGUUGUUGUGGACCUCAUUCCCAACCGAAGCGAACAGGUUCCUUCACCUCGACCGCUUUCAAGAGUAUGUGCGAUCGCAUGCCAGUGAUAUUCGAUAAGAUAAUAGGGUUAAGCAUGUAUGUAUGUGUAGCAUAUACCGCGUGAGUCGGGAUUUUAGUACGUUAUAUAUUAUUAUAAAAAAAAGAUAAAACGUUGU